AGCUCUUUCCGCUUUCCGUCGCUUCCUGUUCCGUCUUGGCCCCGCCUGCCGCUGGCGUUGUUGUUUCCGGCUCAACUGGGGAGCUGCUGGAGCUCUUCUGGCCCCUGGUUUUCCGACUGCUUAUCCGACGCUCCUCCCUCUGUCUCCGUAGCUGGAGAAGGUAGUUUCCAGGAAAGUUUUCCGGUUUGCAGGCCGCGCACAUCGGGCAGGGGCCAUCCUCGGUCCCCUUGCUCGUUGCUCGCAGCCCCGUUCGGCUACAAGUGAGUUUCAGGGCGUCAUGGCCAGGGGCCACCGCGGCCAGCCGGGUGUGAGGCUGCCUUUCGCUGCCCGCGCGCUCCAGUGGUCUCUGGGUCCGCCGGCGUCUGUUUCGGCCUGAACGCAGCCCCUCCGCGGCGACGAGCAGUCUCGCGCCGGAGCUCAUGGCCUCGGAGGCGCCGUCCCCGCCGCGGUCGCCGCCGCCGCCCACCUCCCCCGAGCCUGAGCUGGCCCAGCUAAGACGGAAGGUGGAGAAGUUGGAACGUGAACUGCGGAGCUGCAAGCGGCAGGUGCGGGAGAUCGAGAAGCUGCUGCAUCACACAGAACGGCUGUACCAGAACGCAGAAAGCAACAACCAGGAGCUCCGCACGCAGGUGGAAGAACUCAGUAAAAUACUCCAACGUGGGAGAAAUGAAGAUAAUAAAAAGUCUGAUGUAGAAGUACAAACAGAGAACCAUGCUCCUUGGUCAAUCUCAGAUUAUUAUUAUCAGACAUACUACAAUGAUGUUAGUCUUCCAAAUAAAGUGACUGAACUGUCAGAUCAACAAGAUCAAGCUAUCGAAACUUCUAUUUUGAAUUCUAAAGACCAUUUACAAGUAGAAAAUGAUGCUUACCCUGGUACCGAUAGAACAGAAAAUGUUAAAUGUAGACAAGUGGACCAUUUUGCCUCAAAUUCACAGGAGCCAGCAUCUGCAUUAGCAACAGAAGAUACCUCCUUAGAAGGCUCAUCAUUAGCUGAAAGUUUGAGAGCUGCAGCAGAAGCGGCUGUAUCACAGACUGGAUUUAGUUAUGAUGAAAAUACUGGACUGUAUUUUGACCACAGCACUGGUUUCUAUUAUGAUUCUGAAAAUCAACUCUAUUAUGAUCCUUCCACUGGAAUUUAUUACUAUUGUGAUGUGGAAAGUGGUCGUUAUCAGUUUCAUUCUCGAGUAGAUUUGCAACCUUAUCAGACUUCUAGCACAAAACAAAGUAAAGAUAAAAAAUUGAAGAAGAAAAGAAAAGAUCCAGAUUCUUCUGCAACAAAUGAGGAAAAGGAUUUGAACUCAGAGGAUCAAAAAGCCUUCAGUGUUGAACAUACAAGCUGCAAUGAGGAAGAAAAUUUCGCAAAUAUGAAAAAGAAGGCCAAAAUAGGCAUUCAUCACAAAAAUAGUCCCCCCAAAGUCACUGUUCCAACUAGUGGAAAUACUAUAGAGUCUCCUCUUCAUGAAAACAUCUCAAAUUCAGCAUCAUUUAAAGAUGAGAAAAUCAUGGAGACUGAUAGUGAACCAGAGGAAGGUGAAAUUACAGACUCUCAGACUGAGGAUAGUUUUGAAGAAGACAUUACCAGUGAAGGCAACAUAACUGCAGAAGAUAGUGAGGAUGAAGAUGAAGACAAAAUUUGGCCCCCAUGUAUUAGAGUAAUUGUCAUUAGAUCACCUGUGUUGCAGAUAGGAUCACUCUUUAUCAUUACUGCUGUAAACCCUGCUACAAUUGGAAGAGAAAAGGAUAUGAAACAUACUCUCCGAAUCCCUGAAGUUGGUGUCAGUAAGUUUCAUGCAGAAAUUUAUUUUGACCAUGACUUACAAAGUUAUGUCCUUGUGGAUCAAGGCAGUCAAAAUGGCACAAUUGUUAAUGGAAAACAGAUUCUUCAGCCGAAAACUAAAUGUGACCCUUACGUACUUGAGCAUGGAGAUGAAGUCAAAAUUGGAGAAACUGUCUUAUCCUUUCACAUUCAUCCUGGCAGUGAUACCUGUGAUGGCUGUGAACCAGGGCAGGUUAGAGCCCACCUUCGCCUUGAUAAGAAAGAUGAAUCUUUUGUUGGUCCAACACUAAGUAAGGAGGAAAAAGAGUUGGAAAGAAGAAAAGAAUUAAAGAAAAUACGAGUAAAAUAUGGUUUACAGAAUACAGAAUACGAAGAUGAAAAGACAUUGAAGAAUCCAAAAUAUAAAGAUAGAGCUGGAAAACGUAGGGAGCAGGUUGGAAGUGAAGGAACUUUCCAAAGAGAUGAUGCUCCUGCAUCUGUUCAUUCUGAAAUUACUGAUAGCAACAAAGGUCGGAAGAUGUUGGAGAAGAUGGGUUGGAAGAAAGGAGAGGGCCUGGGGAAGGAUGGUGGAGGAAUGAAAACGCCGAUCCAGCUUCAGCUUCGGCGAACACAUGCAGGCUUGGGGACAGGCAAACCAUCCUCAAUUGAAGAUGUUCACCUUCUCCAAAACAAGAACAAAAAAAACUGGGACAAAGCACGAGAGCGGUUUACUGAAAACUUCCCAGAAACUAAGCCUCAAAAAGAUGACCCAGGGACCAUGCCUUGGGUAAAAGGGACUUUAGAGUGAAGGCUAAUCAUAGAAAAAAAACUCUAGUUUUUUUAAAAAUAGAAUUUGGAAACUUAUUUUUUCUCCCCAAAAGAAUCAGCAGCACAGGGGAACUAUGUCACAGUUUACCUCUUCCUGAUUCAGAAAUGUGUAUGGUUUGCAGCUUUUAAAAACCAUUUUUUUAAAACUAAUAAAUAGUGACUGAACCAAUUUAUGCAGUAAAUAGACUGAAGUUCACAGGGCACGGAUGAGUUUAUCAAACUUCGUUAUUUUAUCUUGUCAUUUACAACAUCCAUAUAAGCAACUAGCCAUAUAAGCAAAAUUCAUAGAACUACUAAUGACUUAAGUGUACAUCUGUUCUUGUCUCCAUAUAUUCAUGUAAGAUGCACAACAAAAGAAACAUCAGAAGUUUAUAAAAAUAAAUCUGACUAUAUGCAUCCUCAUUUAUUCCCUUUAGAACCUAGGUAAAAAAUGUUGCGAAAACAUGGGUAGUGGCGCAUACAUUUUGUUAUCCUUGAAAUAGCCUAAGUAAUGUUAUUGAAGAACUAAUGAACAGGUAACAUAUUGUAGAAAAUUAGUCUUUCAUUGUUUUCUUCUGUGAAGAAUCUGUUGCUGUGUACUGUAUAUUCAGCAUUUAUAUUUGGUUUGUUUCAUAGCUAAUGAGGUAUUUAGAUAUGAACAACUGAAUACAUAUUGAAAUAGUGUGCUGGCUUUUGUAGUUUUGAUAAAGACCAUUGCAGGCAAUGGAAUUGUGCCAGAGAAAUCUGAUUUCUAGUACAAAAGGAAUACUUAGCCAGGGCCUCAAGCUCAAGAUACUUAUUGAAAACAUCCUCAAUUGCAAUAAAAACAUUAUAACAUGAAAAAGAGUGAUUUUUUGAACCGGUGAUUUAAAUGUAUUGAUCUGCUUUGAAUUUUCAAGCAGCCAGAAUUUUCUAGUUUAAAUUGGCAGAGUUAUAACAAAGGAGAGCCUCAAAUAUUAGACAAUUGCAGUGCGGCUUUCUGGGCACAGGUGUCACUGCUCUGCCACCUAUCACUAUUCUUUUUCUGUUCAGUUUUUCUCUCAGGUGUUUGCUGGGAAAUCAACACUGGAACUGACCCUUUUCUGGCAGUGAAUGUAAGCUCUAGCUCCCCCAUCUACUAUAAAGAAAUGUCUUCAAGAUGUAGAAAUAAGGAAUAUUCUGAAAAUAAAAAUUAUACAGUAGUAAAGAUAAUUCAGAAAGAAAAAGCUACCUGUUAGAAUUUCCAGUCUAAAUGGCACAGGGUAGUUACGGAGAAAAGGGGAUGGAGAAGGAGAAACUAUGACUAAAGAUGAGAGGUAUGAACGAGUUGUCAGGUUCCUAUGGGCUUAAGCUAGGACAAUCAGGCCCUAAACUCCAAAUUUGGAUAAAAUAUCUCUUUGCAUUCUUCUUGGCCGCCUGCAUAGUCUGACACAUAUGUAUGUAUAAUUAGACUUGCAGGCUGCAGGAGUGCCCUGCAUUGUUUUCUUUUAAUUAGAAAUAAAAAGUAUUAGUCUAAAUGUGGUUCUGGUGCUGGUGCCCUGUAUAUAUGUAACAAUAUAGGACCCCUCCAAAUAGGUUUUGCUUCUGGUGAAUCUUGGUCAUUGGGUUAGUAUAUGACUGUCUAUAAUAUUUUCCAUUUGUAUUAUUAUAUUGGGGAAAACAUUUUUUAUCAUUUUCUAUUAAGAAAAUGGAAAACUUAAAUAUGGUGUUAAAAUGGAAAUAUAUGUGAUAUUUGCAUUACUAAACCCCUUUGCAGAUCUAAAGUCUCAGGGUUCCACUAUUAGUGGUUAAAGUACUGAAUAAUGUCUGGGUCUAUUUCCAUCUGUAAAAUAAGAAUAUUUGUCUCACGUGUCUGUCAUGAAUAGCAAAUGAGAAAAUGUAUAUAAAAGCACUUUGUAAAUUGUAAAAGUAGUACAGAUGUGAGCUUCUAUUUGUUUAGAAGCAUAAAUGUGAAUUAUAUACAGUUUGAAUUUUGCAUAAA